UAUAUAUAUAUGUAUGCCUUGGUUUACCCCUUUUUCUUAAACUACCCAACUAUGAGUCAUAUAGAGCGGCAUAUUUACCUCGGGCAGCGCACAACAAGCUGUAGAUGAUGAAUGAAAGAAAUGAAACUGAGAGACUCCAUUUCCAGAAUCUGCAUUUGUGCUAGGCACAGCGAAUUGCGGCUAUUCCGAGUGCCUUGACCCAAAUCCAGUUGGACGCAAUGACCAAAAACAGUUGACGCAGCUGCGCCUAAACUUGAACUUUACGGAAUCGCACAGCCAGCUGUUUGGGGGUCAGAGCAGCUGUCCGGUCCGACAGCAAACAAAAAAACUGCAGACGUUGUCGUUAAUGCAGCAUAAAACGCGCCAGAGCCAAACGAUUGGCCAACAGAAGUCGACGACAAGUCCAAGCCAGACAACUGAUUGAGAUGGCAUGCAACACGUGUUUGAGGGCGUCGCUGGUGAUGCUGCUGCUGGCCGUCGUGGCCUGGGAGCAGCUGGUGGCGGGCAGCAAAAUUGCCUACAAGAAGCCGCUACACGGCAAGCUGAGCUACGUGAAGGAGCAGCGCUUUAGGCAGCGCACAACCAGCAGUCCGGCCACAAGCAGCACAGUGCCGGCGCCUGUGGAGUUCAUCAUCAAUAGCACGCCACGAUCAACCAGCACGGAGAGCAUGCUGAAGCUGCAGACGGAGGCGGAGACGCAAACGGAGGCGGAGCCAGAGAGCAGCGGCAGUGGGUAUUUAAGCAGCAGCACGCCCAGCAGCAAUACAGAGCUGGAGCCGGAGCUAGAGGCGGGCGGCAGCAGCACGCCGGCAAGUCUGGACAACACGUUGCCGUUGCCGCCAACGGCUGGGGAUCAGCUGAAUCAACCAGUGCCCUGCACCUGCGGCGUUUUCCUCUCCUCGCAGAUGCAAAACGGUUUGCCGGAAAUGCCGCUCAUUCACAAUGAAAUGGACCGCAUGUAUCCGUGCAAUGCGAUUGGACGCAAACAGUGCCAGACCAAGUGCCUGGAGGCGAUUGUGCAGCAUUUGCCAAACUCGGCGAACAUUGUGUGCGCCACGCUGGGCCACGAUUGCCACAAGGAGCGUGCCUACUUGUUCAUCAAGAACUGUCACAAUCAGUGGGUGAAUACGAAUCUGCAGGCGGGUCGCGAAUAUUGCUGCAAGGCGGGUUUGCCCUAUCGCUGUCCAUUGUUGGGCUGAACUUUGAAUGAAUUCAACAAUUUAUUUCACACGUGACUGCAAUAAAGGCUUAAAUCUUGACACAAAAUCGAAAAA